UCCCACCUCUCUGGGAGGGGGUCACUACUUCUACAAUUGCCCAUUUUAACUGAGAUUGGUUAUGAGAAGCAGAGUUAAAAUGUCUAGAUACUGUAGUAUCUGUUGCUGUUCCUUUUUUAAAAUUACGAAUAUUGCCCUUAUGUUCCUUAAUACGAAUUUUUAUUGAUCUUUUCGUUUGGCCAAUAUAUACUAGACCACACGGGCACUUUAGCAGAUAAACAACACUGCUUGUAUCACAUGUGGCAUAGUGCUUCAGCUUGACCGGUGUACCCUGUGUCGGAUGGCGUAUCACAUCCCCUUUGAUAAUAGAGGAACAACAGUUGCAAUUUAGGCAUGCAAAUGUGCCGAUUUUAGGUGUCCCUAAGAACCUUUGAGUUCCUUUUUGGGGGGGAUUAACCUCGGAAGGACACAAUAAAUCACGAAGGGACGAACCUUUUUCUCGGUCUUACUGAGUGUUUUGGUUCAUUUGCUGCACCUGGAGCGGAGGUGUCUGACUGAGAUAGAGAGUUGGAGUUACCCCAUUACCCAGUCAAUCUCAAUUUUUUUGUACAAUUGUUUUCCGCUGGACUGGUGAGAAGGGGCCUGAAUAUGUCUGAGGAUUCUAUCCCUUCUACAGCAACUACGUUUGCUUAUGACGAAGAAGAUGUGGGAAGGAUUUUGAGUAAGAUUGAAGCAGUGGAUCUGCUUUCAACACAAGAAACGACCACUAUCAGCACAGAGAAAGAAUUGUUUAACCUACGACGAAAAGAGAUUCACACCAGCCUACAUGUGAGUUCACUAGCUGAAUAUUUAAAGGUAAAAAGAAUACCAAGGGGUUUGAGACUCGAUAUCAAACCUAAUCUGUGUGCAGAGAAUACUUUGUUACAACAGCGCUGGUUUGAAAUAUGUAACAAAUGCAGUCAGGACUUAAUGUUACUUACUGUUGAAACAUUAACUGUUAAGCUACAAGAUGUCCGUACAGCUGUAUCCAAUACCCAAGAGAAGCUUGUGAGGGAGAAGGGAAAAGAACAGGCGGAAAUGGCCCUUCGUGAGCAAGAUCACAUGCUCUCUAAACUACGUGACACUAUCAUUAAUAGGAAGCGCAGCAAGUUUGAACGCGACGCACGAGAUUACAAGGAAGGCCGGGAGUAUAGCUGGCGAGAUGAAAGAAGGAUGCAGCGCACCCUACAAAGCCCCCGACACGGCCAGGCAGACUACCCGCAACCAUAUGCGAGGACCGGAGAAGGAAGUACUUAUACUCAGCCUCCCUACACGAGACGUAAGAGAUACCACCGACGAGGUCCGUUCAAAGCACCAAGGGAAAUAACAUCCAGUAGUGAAGACUGCUCCGUAUCAUCUGCGCAAUCAUCUGCCGGUUUUUUAGGACCAGCGACGAUGCAGACAACGGAGAACAGACCACGCAACCCGAAAGCGCCAAACGCAAGGGACGACUACCCGAUGAGAAAUCGGAAGACAACAAGAUAAAUUUCUCUGUGUUCAAGAUAGAUACAAUAUAUUAAUUUGUACGGCUACUGGUAAGAUUACCGGGCUUUUCCUUCCUCCUUACAAGUAACACAGGACAAUCAAGCUUUUUCAUAGCAGGCCCUAAUAGUGGGCAGUACUAUGUAUGGAUUUUAUAUAAAAAAAUCUUUUUAUAAAAAAAUUUUUAAAAAAAGUUUUUUCUACAAAGGCCUCUUUACAAUUCACUUUUCCAUCUAAUGGUGUUUUAUUAAAUAUUUUUUUAUAUACCUUUAUAUUUGGAUAUUAUGAUAAUACUUUAUUUAUAUAAAAUGUGAUUAUAUGGUAAUUACUGUAUCAAUUUAAGGUCAUUUGUAUUUGCCUUGUGUGACCUCACUUCCUGUCUACACCUUUAAAUGUUUGUGAACAAUCAGUUUGUUUUACACUUGAUAAAGGGCGUGUAGCCUGAAACAUGUUGUGAAGAAUAAACCACUUAGCAGU